UUUUCUCAACAAAAAUCAAUUCAUAGUCAUAGCACAAUCUAAAUAUGAACAGAUUAAACAAUGUCGACUUCAGUUUUCUUUUUUUCCAGUAGCACCGCAGCCUAAGGAAACAGUGUGAGUGUGCCUUUGCUUCAGGUCAAAGGACGCCGGGCACAAGAACAGAGAGAGCUUUUAACUUCACUCACUAGAGGGUGACCUCAUCUGAGCACGUCCUGGUCAGCAUGCCAACCUCCACCCCCUCCUAAAAAGGUGGUAAACGCAAGCAACUUUCUUGGGCGUGUGAAAGGACAAACCGGGGACAAUAAUCCUGCCAGCUCCGAGCCCGAAAUUCGACAGCCGGCUAUACGGCAGAUCUUACUGUAGGGAGAGUCAUGAGCCCGAAUUAAGUUGAAAGAAAAGAAAAAGGAAGGGAAAGGAAGAAAAGAAAAGAAAAAGAGAAGAGAAGAGAAAACAGAAAAGAAAAAAAAAAAGACAAAGAAUAGGCAACGCCUCCGGCCCAAAGUCCCAACUCUGCCUGGUCACGUGCCCGCGCCCCCAACUUUCUGGUCCGAUGCGGCUCCCAGGCCCUGUACUUUUGGUUCCACCCGCCGGGUGUCGGCUACUACCCCAGCGCAUUUCCGGCUGUGGUGGGACAGUCUGCGGAAAGUAGGGCACUUCGCGCCCACCGACCAUGCCCGCGGGCGUGUCCUGGGCCACCUACUUGAAAAUGUUCGCCGCCAGCCUCCUGGCCAUGUGCGCCGGGGCCGAAGUGGUGCACAGGUACUACCUGCCGGACCUGACAAUACCUGAAAUUCCACCAAAGCCUGGAGAACUCAAAACGGAGCUCUUGGGACUGAAAAAGAGACAACAUGAACCUCAAGUUUCCCAGCAAUAGAAACUUCAAAAUACAACUCUGUCAAGAACUCCGUGAAUAUUUUUAUUUUUCAGAGAGAGAACGUGUGCAUGUGCAAUCGUGCAAUCGGGGUCCUCGAGGGGCAGAAGGAGAGAGAGAAUCCCAAGGCUCCGUGCUGUCAGCACAGACCCCAAUGCAGGACUCGAUUCCACAAACUAAGAGCUCAUGACCUGAGCAUAAAUCAAAAGUCAGAUGCUUAAGUGACUCAGCCACCCAGGCGCUCCGAAGUUUGAAGUUCUUUAAUUGUGUACUUGACAAAAUUAUGAAAGAUGUCACUUGGACUGUCGCAAGUUCUUUACCCCCAAAUUUGAGAAACCAUGUUACUAUGUAAUUAUUCUUACAAAAUAAAUUUUAAAAUAACUGAAAAGCUUAAA